CACUCUGCCUAGGUGACCUGCCUUGUGUGAAAGCACAGUGCCUGGAGAUGAAGAGCCUGCUCCUCACCAUCCUGCUGCUGGGGCUGGUGGCUAUCCUGAAGGCUCAGGAAGCCCCGCCAGAUGACCAGGAGGAUUACUCUGGGAUCUGGUACGCAAAGGCCAUGGUACACAAUGGUAGCCUACCCAGUCACAAGAUACCCAGUAUAGUUUUCCCUGUGAGAGUAAUAGCUCUGGAAGAAGGAGACUUGGAGACCACAGUUGUAUUCUGGAAGAAUGGUCAUUGCCAUGAGUUUAAAUUCAUGAUGAAGAAAACAGAAGAGCCUGGCAAAUACACCGCCUUUCAUAACACGAAGGUUAUCCACGUGGAAAAGACGUCAGUGAACGAGCACUACAUUUUCUACUGCGAAAGCCGGCACAAUGGGAUGUCAUUCGGGAUGGGAAAGCUCAUGGGGAGAGACCCUGAUGAAAAUCCAGAGGCCAUGGAAGAAUUUAAGGAUUUCAUAAAGCGCAUGAAUCUCCGACUGGAAAACAUGUUUGUGCCAGAGAUCAGAGAUGAAUGUGUUGAAAGUGACUAGGCAGCUACCCAGGUCUGCAACAGCUGAGCCAGCCUUGCUUCCAACACCAGGCUGGGACAUCCCUUCACCACACCUCUCCUGGACCAAACUUCCCACUGCUUCACCACCACCACCUCAGUACCUGCUCCCUUCUCCCCUGACUCCAAAUAAAGCUCUUCAGCAGUG